GAGAUAGCCGCAAAAAGGGGGCGGGGCUGGCUUUGAGGCGAGGAACUGAAGCUGUAGAGGAAGCUGAGGAAGGGAAGGGAGUGAGGGGCUGAGGGUCACCCAGGAAAGGGGAAGCCAGUGGGGUCUCUGUGGGGAGAUGAGGGGCAUCCUCUGAGAACCAGGCAUUGAGGCGUAAGGAAAGGGUUGGGGGGCUCUUCUUCCUGGUUUUCUGGGGCUGCCUCCAUAGCCACCUCCCCCCCAAAAGCCCCCCAAAAUAGAGGCGUGCUUUCUGAGGCAAGCUGCUGGAGGAGGAGGGGAGGUGGUUGGCUGGAGCUGUGGGUCUUGCCUGCAGAGAGAACAAAACUAGGGGUGUGCUUCUGGGGGGGCCCUUGCAUGCAGAGACCCCCCCCUCCCGUCUAUGGAGGGGAGCUGCAUUUGAGGCUGAGGGGAGGCGGAAGACCUUGAGUCCAGAGAUAGCCGUUAUCUUUUAAAACGGGGCUGUGCUGCUGCUGAGGUUCUGCAGAGGUCGAGGGAAGCUCUAGGCUUCGCAGGCUUUGUUUUAGGGAGCUUUAUUUUAACAUAAAGCUGCAGAGCUUCUCCUGCCCAGACCCCUUGGCUUUGGAAUACAUGAAGGGCGUGCUUUUCUGAGGGAGCUGCAGGGCUGCAUGGACACACCUUCAUUGUAAAAGUAGGGCUUGCCUCCAUUAAUAGUCACCUUUAUUUUAAAACAGAGAAGCUGUGUCAGAAGACCUCUCUCCCUUCCCUUUUUCCGAUUUCCUGCGGAGGGGAAAGAGGGUCCAAAGACUGGCAAGAGAGGGGUUUCCUCCCAAAGAGACUUCUUCUUCUUGUUGUUGCUGUUGCUGGAAGCCUUGGGGGGGAAAGAGGAUGCCUGACCUGCUUUCCAUGUCACAUCUUAGUGAAAUUUAGCCCCCUGGAAUUGGCUGGUCUUUUUCUCCCCUCCCUUUCCUCUUCCUUUUUUAUUUGCGCCAAGCUUUGCUGUGUGAAGGCUGCGGACUGAGGGUGUGGAUGGUGUCUGGCUGAGGAAGGGUCCCCUCCUUCCUUUCUCCUUCCUUUCCAAGGCGAAGAAAGAGUCAGACAUCUGUAGAAAGAGCAAGAGGAAGAAGAAGAGGAGGAAGGAGCCGAAAAUGAAUGUCCAUGGCCUGGCGAUCGCUCCCUUUUUGGACGAGGCAGAUGAUGGAAGAAGCCCGCUUUCCCCUGUAGCCCUGGGUACUUUCUGAAUUUUGAAGCCAGCCUAAGAAUAUAUUCUUCCCAAAGUCCACGAACGUUUCACGGAAUUACAAUAUCCUCUUGCCGCCUUGGCUUGAUGAAAAAAGAUCGGAUUUAGGGGGGGGGGGGAAAGCUGUUUAAAUUAAAGCCAACAAAAUGGAAAACGAGAUAUUCACGCCUCUUCUGGAGGUCUUCAUUUCCAGCCCUCUGGUUACUUGGGUGAAGACGUUUGGACCAUUGGCUGGAAGAAACGCGACCCACUUGGAGGAAUACGUUGCACUUGUGGAUGGAGUUUUCCUGAAUGAAGUCAUGCUCCAAAUCAACCCUAAAGCAGCCAGUCAAAGAGUAAAUAAGAAAGUAAACAAUGAUGCAUCACUUCGGAUUCAAAAUUUAUCUAUUUUGGUGAGGCAGAUUAAAUCAUAUUACCAGGAGACAUUGCAACAGUUGAUUAUGAUGUCUUUGCCAAAUGUCCUAAUAAUUGGCAAAAAUCCCUUUUCAGAACAAGGUACUGAAGAGGUUAAAAAGCUCCUUCUACUCCUGCUUGGUUGUGCAGUUCAGUGUCAGAAGAAAGAAGAAUUUAUUGAAAGAAUUCAGAGUUUAAACUUUGAUAUAAGAGCAGCUGUUGCAGCUCAUAUACAAGAGGUAACUCAUAAUCAGGAAAAUGUGUUUGAUCUCCAGUGGAUGGAUGAUAAUUCUUUGUCACAUGACUAUAUUGAACCUCUCUUAAAAAACAUGGCACUGCAUUUAAAAAGACUUAUAGAUGAGAGAGAUGAACAUUCUGAGACUAUCGUAGAACUCUCUGAAGAACGGGAUUCUCUUCAUUUUCUACCUCAUGCAUCAGCAGCACAAUCACCUUGUGGAUCGCCAGGCAUGAAACGCACUGAAAGCAGACAGCACUUGUCCGUGGAGCUAGCAGAUGCCAAAGCAAAAAUCAGAAGGCUUAGGCAAGAACUUGAGGAAAAGACUGAGCAGUUGCUGGAUUGUAAGCAAGAACUGGAACAGAUUGAAACUGAAGUCAAGAGACUACAACAAGAGAAUAUGAAUUUGCUUUCGGAUGCCCGUUCAGCCAGGGUAUACAGAGAUGAACUUGAUGCCCUUAGAGAGAAGGCAAUUCGUGUGGACAAGCUUGAAAGUGAAGUCAGCCGCUAUAAAGAGAGGCUACAUGAUAUUGAAUUCUACAAGGCUAGAGUCGAGGAGCUUAAAGAAGAUAAUCAGGUAUUGCUCGAAACAAAGACAAUGUUGGAAGAUCAGCUUGAAGGCACCCGAGCCCGUUCUGAUAAAUUGCAUGAAUUGGAAAAAGAAAAUAUACAAUUAAAGGCUAAACUACAUGAUAUGGAGACGGAACGUGAUAUGGAUCGGAAGAAAAUUGAGGAACUUAUGGAGGAAAAUAUGACUCUAGAAAUGGCUCAGAAGCAGAGUAUGGAUGAAUCACUGCAUCUGGGCUGGGAACUUGAACAGAUAAACAGAUCAUCUGAACUUUCUGAAGUGCCACGAAAGUCACUUGGUCAUGAAGUGAAUGAGCUGACAUCAAGUAGGUUACUGAAACUAGAAAUGGAAAACCAAAGUUUGCUAAAAACUGUGGAAGAACUUCAGAGUGUGGUGGGUUCUGCAGAAGGCAGUAAUUCAAAAAUACUGAAAAUGGAAAAGGAAAACCAAAGACUAAGUAAAAAGCUGGAAGGACUUGAGAAUGAACUUAUUGAAGAGAAACAAAGCCUUCAGAACAGUCAGAAUCUUAGUAAAGAUCUGAUGAAAGAGAAAGCACAGCUAGAAAAGACAAUUGAGACCCUGAGAGAAAACUCAGAAAGACAGAUUAAAAUACUGGAACAGGAGAAUGAACAUUUGAAUCAAACAGUAGCUUCCCUCAGACAACGUUCACAAAUCAGUGCUGAAGCAAGAGUAAAAGAUAUUGAAAAAGAAAAUAAAAUUCUCCAUGAAUCUAUCAAAGAGACAAGCAGUAAAUUAAAUAAGAUAGAAUUUGAAAAGAAGCAAAUGAAAAAAGAAUUGGAACUUCAUAAAGAGAAGGGAGAAAGAGCAGAUGAGCUAGAAAAAGAAGUUCAACAUCUUGAAAAAGAAAAUGAAGUAUUGCAGAAAAAGAUUACCAAUUUAAGGAUUACGUGUGAAAAAAUAGAUGCUUUAGAACAAGAGAAUUCCAGUUUAGAUGCUGAAAACAGAAAGCUGAAAAAGACUUUGGAUAGCUUGAAAAAUCUGAGCUUUCAGUUAGAGUCCUUGGAAAAAGAGAAUACACAGCUUGAAGAGGAGAAUUUAGAGCUCAGAAGGACAGUUGAAUCUCUGAAGAGCACAAAUAUCAAGAUAGCUCAAUUGGAGCUGGAAAAUAAAGAACUGGAGAGUGAGAAAGGACAACUUCAAAAGAGCCUGGAGCUUAUGAAAACUUCUUUUAAAAAGACUGAACGUUUAGAAGUCAGUUAUCAAGGGCUAGAUACAGAAAACCAAAGGCUGCAGAAAGCUUUAGAAAACAGCAAUAAAAAAAUCCAGCAUUUGGAAAGUGAACUGCAAGAUCUAGAGACAGAAAACCAAGCCCUACAAAAAAAUCUGGAAGAACUCAAAAUCUCCAGUAAACGUCUAGAAAAAUUAGAGAAGGAGAAUAAACUUUUGGAGCAAGAGACCUCUCAGUUGGAAAAAGAUAAGAAGCAACUAGAAAAAGAGAACAAGAGGCUCCGACAACAGGCAGAAAUUAAAGAUAGCACCUUAGAAGAAAAUAAUGUAAAAAUCAGCCACUUGGAAAAAGAGAACAAAUCACUACUUAAGGAAAUUGGUGUAUGUAAAGAGGCUUCUAUUCGACUAAAAGAAAUUGAAAAGGAGAAUAAAGAGCUUGUUAAAAGAUCCACUAUUGACAAGAAAACACUUGUUACAUUGCGAGAGGAUUUGGUGAAUGAAAAACUGAAGACGCAGCAGAUGAAUAAUGAUUUAGAAAAGCUUACACAUGAACUUGAAAAGAUAGGUUUAAAUAAGGAGCGCCUCUUGCAUGAUGAGCAGAGUACUGAUGACAGCAAAUACAAACUGUUGGAGUCAAGGUUAGAGUCCACACUGAAGAAAUCACUUGAGAUCAAAGAAGAAAAAAUUGCUGCUUUGGAAGCCCGAUUAGAAGAAUCGACAAAUCUAAACCAACAGCUGCGGCAGGAACUUAAAACAGUGAGAAAAAAUUAUGAAGCACUCAAACAAAGACAAGAAGAGGAAAAAAUGGUACAGAAUUGCUCUUCAAAAACUGGUGAAGAUAGUCAGUCUGUCAGUAAAUGGGAAAGAGAGAGUCAAGAAGCUACAAGAGAACUUUUGAAAGUUAAAGAUAGAUUAAUUGAAGUUGAGAGAAAUAAUGCAACUCUGCAGGCAGAGAAGCAAGCCUUGAAAACACAACUAAAGCAACUUGAAACACAGAACAAUAAUUUGCAAGCUCAGAUUUUGUCACUUCAGAGACAGACUGUUUCCUUACAGGAGCAAAAUACAACCCUGCAAACACAGAAUGCUAAGCUUCAGGUAGAAAAUUCUGCUAUUAAUUCACAAAGUACAUCUCUGAUGAACCAGAAUGCACAGCUGCUGAUUCAGCAGUCUGCUUUGGAAAAUGAAAAUGAAUCCAUAAUCAAGGAGCGUGAAGAUCUGAGAUCACUAUAUGAUUCACUAAUCAAAGAUCAUGAAAAAUUGGAACAACUUCAUGAAAGACAAGCUGCUGAAUAUGAAUCUCUCAUUUCCAAACAUGGAAAUCUUAAAUCAGUACACAAGAACCUUGAGGUGGAACACAAAGACUUAGAAGACAGGUAUAAUCAAUUGCUAAAACAAAAAGUACAGUUAGAAGAACUGGAAAAGGUUCUCAAAACAGAACAGGAGAAGAUGCUGCAGCAGAAUAAAACACAUGAAACUGUAGCAGCAGACUACAAAAAACUUUGUGAGGAAAAUGCUCGAUUAAAUCAUACAUACACCCAACUUUUGAAAGAGAAUGCAGUUCUCCAAAUGGAUCAUAAAAAAUUAAAAACACUACUUAACAACUCAAAACUAGAACAAACACGAUUGGAAGCAGAAUUCUCCAAGCUUAAAGAACAAUAUCAACAAUUAGACAUCACAUAUACAAAACUGAAUAAUCAGUGUGAGUUGCUUAGCCAGCUGAAAGGAAAUCUGGAAGAAGAAAACAGACAUCUGCUGGAUCAAAUACAGACGUUAAUGCUUCAGAACAGAACAUUAUUAGAGCAGAAUAUGGAAAGCAAAGAUCUUUUCCAUGUUGAACAAAGGCAAUAUAUUGACAAGCUAAAUGAAUUGAGAAGACAAAAGGAGAAAUUAGAAGAAAAGAUAAUGGAUCAGUAUAAAUUUUAUGAACCAUCUCCUCCAAGAAGAAGGGGCAACUGGAUCACCCUAAAAAUGAGGAAGCUUAUAAAAUCAAAGAAGGAAGUUAACCGAGAACGCCUCAAGUCUCUGACUAUGACACCGACACGCUCAGAAUCUAGUGAGGGAUUCCUUCAGCUCCCACAUCAGGACAGUCAAGAUAGUUCCUCCGUGGGCUCAAAUUCACUUGAAGAAGGACAGACCAUGGGAACUAAAAAAAGCAGUAUGGUUGCACUGAAAAGACUGCCCUUUUUGAGGAACAGACCGAAGGAAAAAGACAAAAUGAAGGCCUUCUACCGUCGCUCCAUGUCCAUGAAUGACCUGAUGCAGUCCAUGGUCCUAGCAGGAGGACAAUGGACAGGUAGUUCUGAGCAUCUGGAGGGUCCUGAUGAUAUACCUACGGGUAAAAGGAGAAAAGAAUUGGGAUCUAUGGCCUUCUCUACUACAUCCAUCAACUUUGCAACUGUCAACUCUGCUGCAGGCUUGAGAUCCAAGCAGUUGCUUAAUAAUAAAGAUGCUACAUCUUUUGAAGAUGUAAGUCCACAAGGAAUUAGUGAUGAUUCUAGUACAGGAUCAAGAGUUCAUGCUUCGAGACCAGCCAGCCUUGAUAGUGGCAGAACAUCCACUAGCAAUAGCAAUAAUAAUGCCUCACUUCAUGAAGUCAAAGCAGGUGCAGUUAAUAAUCAAAGCAGGCCUCAGAGCCACAGCAGUGGAGAAUUUAGCCUGCUUCAUGAUCAUGAAGCAUGGUCCAGCAGCAGCAGUCCAAUCCAAUAUUUGAAAAGCCAGCCCAGGUCUAGCCCCAUGCUGCACCGUAAAAUGUCAGAACCAUUGGAUAGACAAGGAACACGGAGAAUUAAGACAGACUCCCCUGGAAGUGAAGUGGUUACUUUGCAGCAGUUUUUGGAAGAAAGUAACAAGGUUACUUCAACAGAGAUCAAAUCCUCAAGCCAAGACAAUCUCUUAGAUGAAGUAAUGAAAAUUUUUUCUGAAAAUGCUGAAUUAGCAGGAAGAGAGAAACUAAGGAAACAGUCAUCAAGGAGUGGUGGUAUUGCCAGAUCGCAAAGUGUGAAACACACAAUAGAAUUCUCUGGUGGAAAGUUAACUAAACAGGAGCACUUUGGAAAGCUCACUUCACAUAGGAUGGAAGAUCCUAGCUUCUCGAACUCUUCAAAAACACUUGCAGCAGGCUCUAAAGGAAGGGCCAAGUCCAUUAAAGAAAAUGUACAGUCACAACGACAAUCAAAAGAUUGUAAUCCUUAUGCUACUUUACCUCGUGCAAGCAGUGUGAUUUCAACAGCAGAAGGAACUACUCGGAGGACAAGCAUCCAUGAUUUUUUAUCCAAGGACAGUAGGCAGCCAGUAUCAAUUGACCCAGCUCCAUCUACAAUUGACAGAAGUGCUGCAUCAGCUUCUAUUGCAUGGUGCUGUGCCAGAAACAGCACAAAAAAACAGAUGUGGAAGCUAAACCAGAAAACAGAAAUUCAAAAAGCAGGUCUAGGGAGCAACAAAGCUCCUAAAUCUAUUGCCCCUACUACAUGAGAUGUGAGCCAAGUGAGAGAAAAGUGUCCUUCAGUAUCUCAGUAUGAAGCCUUUAUUUCUGAAGUAACCAGGCAUCCGGCUAUAGGAACUGUAUUGUUUUUACAAAAAAAAUGUUCAAAGUUUUUACAGGCCUACCUGAAUAGAAACAGCCAAGAAAUACACGUCUCCUUUCCUUGAAUCAAGGAACUGUACUGGCGUCUCCUGCUGAUUUUUUUUUUUAAAAAGACAAGACUAUAUUGCACAUUGCACUGUUAAGAUCUACUGAAUAAAGGACAAUUUUAAUCUCUCGUAAGGACCAAGCAUUGUGCAGUCUCAAGAAUUCCUUCAGGAACUCAAUUACUGCUUUCUUCAUUCCUUUACAAGCGUAGUCACUUACUGCUUCUGCAAAUAUUUAGUUCUGUAAAACUGAAAUGGGAAAAAGCUGUAUUAUGUUAUGGAAUUUGUUGUAAAUACAGGUACAAAAAUAGAGUCCCACAAGCUUAUUGGCAGUUGACAGCCUCAUUGGGUUUGCAUAAAUUGCAUGGUGUUGCUGUUUGCAAAAUGAGACUGCUGAUUAUUUUGUUGUGUGUGGUGAGAAGAAACGGUUUAGGUACCAGAAAAUAUAAUUGAACACUUCAACCAACACCCCUACAUUAAUUCAUCUUUUCCAUGUGUUUUCUACACAUUAAGUAAUAUCCCAAUUUUCUAGACAGGAAAAUUGUGGGGGAAAACAUUUCAAGAAUGCCAUGUCCGACAAAAUUAUUUGUGUUUUCAGCAAAUACCACUUCCAAAAUGGAUCCAUCUUUAAAUGUUUUGCAUUUUGUUUUUUUGUUUUUGUGUUGUUUUUUUAAAUGAACUGCUUGUGGCUGAGGUGGAAGUUUAAUGGGGAAAGACCAAUGUGACUAAGGUCAAGUUCAGUGUUUUUCAAGCCAUUCCUUCUAUUAGGGCUUUUACUAAUAGGUCACCCUGUUUUUGUUCCUCCAUAAUUUUAUAUAUAUUAGGGUUGAUUAAUGUUGUUGGUACUUUUUAAAUAUUUGUAUACAUUUGUUGUCUUAAACUCUUGCAAAGAGCACAAGAAAAUAGCUUUGGUUAAUUCCUGGAAAUGUACAUGAUGUUUUCCUGGUUAUAUUAAAUUUUAAACUUUAUUUUCUUAGCUACUAAAUGUUUAACUGUUUCCACAAUAUAUCAAAUUUAACCUUGUAGGAUUCCUCUCUCACAAAUGUAUUUUUAUCAUUACCACACCUUUACCUCAUCUAAAUUCCUCACAGGUAGAGUCACAUUAUAGCUAAGCUCUUGCUGAAAUGGGAGCACUGCCAAUGUUAACACUGAACAGUUGUUUUUAAACCACAUUUCACAUAGCAUGUCCAGGUUUUUGCUAACAAGCACUACUGUUCUUCUGGGUAAAUAAAAAAUAUAUUCUGUCCUCUUUUGUGGCAGAUGAAAGAGGAGUUGCAAACCCUUGCCUGUAAACACACGUGUUUCCAUAUAGGCACAACUGCUAAGCCUGUGAGCAGGACGCUUGUGAAAACCCAUCACACCCAUGGCUGUGCGAGGUAUAAAAACAGCAAUAAAAUAAAUUUAACCACCACUGCCCUCAAGGUGGCCAUUUAUGGGUAGAGGGUGUGCAUAGUCAGUUGAGUUGUCGCCUAGCAGUUGUAGCUGCACUCCCAGUCCUUUGCAUAGGGAGCAGGGUUGUGGCCCUGAAAAUAACAUGUAAACAUUUUAAGAUUUCAGAUGUGGUUGCACUCCCAACAACAUCCAAAGGGCAGCAUGAAUCCCACCCUUGACUUAAGGUGAUGGGCAUAAUAAAAUGGCCCAGACACAUCUCCUGUGUGCUUCUGAGCACCUUCAUUUCACAGGAGAGAGUUGUGAAAACUGAGGGCAGCAACCUCUUCAUAUGAUUUCACACUACCAAACUACAAAACCUAAAUGUAGUCAAAUGCCUGAGUUCCCAAAGUGCCAUUGUGUGUCUAUGUAAUUUAGCUUGAAGUUAUUCUGCCAUGAGAAAGAUUUGGAAAAUGGGAUUGCUGAUCUUCACACAAGAGUGGCUGUUCUGCGUAUUGUACAAUUUGUUUGCUGCCACUUACCACAAGAGCCCUUUAGCGUUAUUUUAUCUAGUGGCAAAGUGUCUAGCCAAAGACCAUGAGUGUGUAACAACCUUUCAGAGAUGACAAAACUAGGAGAUCAGUGCAGUAAAAAAGAGUAGAACAGUCAAAAUUAUAUCUCAAUAUCAAAUCAGUUUAAAACCCAAACCUAAAAAGGCCCUUGUGAAUGCAGAACUCCUGUGCGGUGCUCAAAAGACAUCAGACUCUAUGAGGUGUUGUUCCUUCUUGUGCACUCCGAAGUCCAGGCCUUUUCAUUUGUGCCAUCUCAUCUUGGGAGGGUCAUCGCCCUCCCUUGCCUUCAAACAUGGGGACACUUGGGAAAAUUGAGAACUUGGUCACAUAUUCCUUGGUCUAAAUUUGGCUGUAGGUUAGGCCAUGUUAGCAUGUUUUGUAUGAGCUGUCCCUGCCCACUCACUCCAAAAGCUGGUUUGGAUGCUUUGUUCAGAGCUUUUAGAAACUAGCAUGUGCUUUUCAUGCCUUUGCCAGUGUUUUAAUUGACCAUACCUAUUUUCUUAAGAUUUGCACCUUUUUGGAACUUUGCACUUGUUUUAUAUGUUUUAUAUUUACCUGUGUGUUUUGGGUUAGGUUUUGGCUUUCAGAGACACACCACCUGACUGUGGGCAAACAUGUGAGCUGCAUCUACCAGAUACGUGCAUCUGAUACAUUGCAGAGAAAUAUGCCUAAAUAAAACAGUAUUGCUUUACUUACAAAGCAAUAAGGAUUGCCUUUGAAAAAGUCUAUGGUGGAUCAUCCCUUUUGUAAUGUUUCAGCAUUAGGCUGGAUUUAGCACAACAGGUAAUGUUUUGAUGUGUUUCUUGUUUUGCUUUAGAUGAUUCAGUGUUAAAAACUAAAAUGCAAAUCUUCCCUUAACAAAUCCUAACUCACUGAACUUUUCUAGGAGGAUGAGGCUUAUGAUCUGCGAGUAAUAUGUUUCUUUAGCUCCUUCUCAACCAACAUAGUUGUUCAUUCUGUGUAAAUCCAGAUGCUUUUCUGCUAAGAGCUUAAUAAUAAUAAUUUUAAAAACAGCCUCAAUUUUGUGCAGGAAAACCAAAGCCCUGUCUAUUUUUACUCUCCUUGCCAGUGCAUAUGGAGGAAUAUUACCAGACUCCCCGCCUUCUGCAGACUCCACCAUUUCUAAAUCAUUAACAAAAAUGAAAUUUAGGCAGUCCAUUUUGUCUCAGUUUUCAUUACAGUCUACACAGUUUAUAUAAAAGAAAGAUUAACUAUUUUUUAAAAAAACAUUUAUAAAAUCUGUAACAGUGUCAGGUAGUCAAGUGUCACUUCACCAUCAACAUCCCAGCACCUUAAGGAUGGAAUACAAGAUCUUUUUUUCAUUGCACGUGACAGUACUGUACUCAGCAGCUGUUGGAAGCUGCAGAUCUAAUGUAAUGCAAAGAAAUGUUCUUCCACUCUGCUGCUGUUGCUAAGGCUACAAUCGCCAUUUCCAGAACGUGUUAUGUCUUAACAUGUUUUGUUUUCUGAGAGAUGGUGCAGCUCCAGCAGUGGAGGUGUCAUAUGUUUGUCUGGUGUAAACUCUCCUGUGCAUCACUCAGACAUCGUUGAGAAUGGAACUGCCUUAAAAGAGAGCACCUUGGUGCGACACAAACUAUUUAAAACACUGUUUUACAGAAAGUGUUAUUUAAAGCUGUAGUUUCCUUUCUUAUACCUAUUAAUGAAUUUUGUAAUGUUUGCCAUUGUACACUACUUAUGUUAUUAAAAUUCCAAGCCAAAUAACUUGUCAA